AUGCAAUUCUGCUCCAAAGCACAUGGGAAAGUUCCCACAAAGAUAAAACCGUCCUGGCGUCUAUAUAAAUAUCUAGACUUCCUCUUCUCAAUAAACGACAGCACAGGAGAAAGCUGCACUGCUUCCAUUAGAGAUGUCUAGAAUAUUAGCAGCGAUAUUACUCACCACUUUGCUGUGUGCAGCAUGGGCAGACGACUCCACGCUAACAUGUGACACUGCAGUCUCUGCAAAAUGCCCAGCCAAAGACCCACCCACACCUGUGUAUCUGGCUGAUCCUUCAGACUGCUCAAAAUUCUGUGAAUGUUCAGGAGGAACUGCCUUCUCCAAGAGCUGUCAAACGGGUACUCUGUGGGAUGACACUAUUGGCAUCUGCAACUGGGCUUCAAUGGUGGACUGUGGAGAUCGACCAAUCCCACCAAUGUAAAGGCAGACCAACACUGGAAACACAACAUGUGAACCUUUCAUACAGAGCUUGGGAAAAGUCAUGACCUUUCGUCUUAAACCAUUCUAAAUUUUACUAUGGUGGCAUUUACCCUUCAUUAUGGCCCAGUGCUAUUUGUUGCAAGUUUCAAUAAUGCUUGGUUUAUAGAGCUUGUAGGGGGUUGAGGAAUUGGUUUAGUCCUACUUUUGCAUCUCCUGUUUUUUUCUUCAGUUUUAUAAGAAUUAUAAAUAAUUUUCUCUAUUGUAUUUCAAUAAAUGUUUUCCACAGCA